CUUAGUGGCAUGUUGGCGUUUUUGACGUCGAACGUCUGAUGACGUAUCUGUAUCCGUGUAAAGAUGGCGGAAGUAGACGAUUCCAACAAGCCUUUGUUUGCAGGUUUAUCUGAUAUUUCAAUCUCAGAGGACAUCCCAGUAGAGGGGGACAUAUCUGUGCCAGUGGGUUCACAGAACUCUAACAAUGACUCCUCAACGCUGGAUGAGCCUGUCAAAGACACAAUUCUGAGGGAUUUGAGAGCCGUUGGACAGAAGUUUGUCCAUGUGAUGUACCCCAAGAAAAGUUCUGCGCUGCUCAGGGACUGGGAUUUGUGGGGACCUCUCUUACUCUGUGUCACUCUGGCCUUAAUGCUCCAGGGUGGGUCAGUUGACAGCAAGGAAGAUGGCAGGCCGCAGUUUGCAGAAGUCUUUGUCAUCAUUUGGUUUGGUUCUGUAAUAAUCACCCUCAAUUCUAAACUCCUGGGAGGAACUAUAUCAUUUUUCCAGAGUCUGUGUGUGUUGGGGUACUGCAUUCUACCUCUCACCGUGGCCAUGAUUGUUUGCCGCAUUGUUCUGCUGGGUGGCUCAGGUGUCGUCAGUUUUGCUGUCCGUCUCAUAGUUGUCACUGCUUCAUUUGGCUGGUCAACUUUUGCCUCCACAGCAUUUCUUGUUGACAGUCAACCGCCCAAUAGGAAAGCUCUGGUCGUGUAUCCUGUUUUCCUAUUUUACUUCGUGAUUGGCUGGAUGAUCUUGACAUUUUCACCGUCCAAUUAGCAUACGUAUACCCUACACGGCACAACAGACUUAAACUCAUUCCCAUUCUUAAAGACAACCAGUGUACUAGACCGCCUGGGAGCUGGCCAAAGAUUGGCCUAAACCAAAAAGAGGCGGAGCACUUUGGUGGAGGCUCGCAAAGGGACAAACAGAGGAGAAUUUGGGUUUUGACUGUAACUCCACCCAUCUCUCAUUCAGAUGAGUGAUAGAUAAGAAGAGAAGUGAAGGACUCUAAUUAUUCAGCGCUACUAAUUUAACAGCAGCCUAUGUCAGUCUCAUCAGACUACAGAAGCUAACCCCUUGUGUUAUUGUAUAUGUGUGUAAAUAUUUGAGUCUGGAUGUGUGCAUCUGUCUACAUUAUGUGUUUGGAUGUGUGAGGAUGGACAUCAGCGCAUCAGUCUGAAUGAACAGUGUCUCUGUUGGUUGGGUUGAGAGCUGUAAAAUCUUUCUGGGGAAUUAUUAAGCUCUUGUCUGACUGCACGUUCAGUGAAGUGUUUACUAACAGAUGAUUCCCCACACAGCACUGCACAAAUCUGCAGACCUCGAGAUGGUUAAAGUUUAUUUUUCUUAGGUCUUCUUUCUUCUCAUGUUUGGGCUUUAUUAACCUUAUUUCGGUGUUCUGACUGCUGGUGGAUGUUUAAACAUUCCUAAAUGAAAUAAAGCAACUUUCUAAGUGCUACAGAAA